AUGAGGAGCCGCCUAAGCGUGUGGCACCAGCCAAAGCGGGAAGCUUCUCAAAAAGCUCAAACUUUUGUGAAGAGGAGAGAUUAUCACUCCCUUAGUCCCUUUCCUAUCAGGACUUUGUCUCCCCCAGAGGAAAGACGUCCUGAUUUUUCGACGGAGUCUCCUCUAGACCCCGAGUUAGAGGAGAACUCAGAAGACGAGAAUCGUGGAAGGGAAGGACUGUCAAGCUACAAAGUCUUGACAGCCCUGCUUCUUGAAGAAUAUGAAGACGCUUUAACCCCUGCCGCCGCUCCUCCUCCUCCGCGCUCUCUGUUUUCGAGCGCAAAGGCUAAGAAGUCUUCGUCUUUUCUUAGAAUGAAACCCACCAUUUCUAUGAAGAGGGCUCUUCAGUCUUUGAAUUCGUGGAUGGAUUCGAAGAAGGAGUCUAGGCAGGACGAGGUCCUUUCUGCACGCCCACCCCCAGUGAGACUCACUGGAAAAAGGGGCAUUUGGUAUCAGACGGGAGAGAAUAUGGGCCUUUCUCUCCCGUCUUCGGCUGAAGCGGACUUUUCGACGUUAGUCGAUGCGUCGAGAAGACAAGGUUUGAACUCUGCCCGUGUGACUUGGGGCAUUUCAGAACUGGAUCAUCUCCUCAAGGGGCUCUUCCAUGUAUUGGAAGUUUUCAACUUCUUAGAUUGGUCCCUUGGGGUGAUGUCCAAGAAGGCACAUGACUCAGAAGGACUCGACCCAGAAGUUCUCCUUUGUAUACUGUCGUGUAUCGACAAGGCGGUACAAGAUGGCUCUUUAGAAAUCCUCCUCUUUAUUUGGAGCGGACUGCUUAAGAAGAGGACAGUCUUCAGUGCUUUUUUGACCAAAGCGGUCUCCCACUCUCAAAGAGCAGCACUGUUGUACUCUCCCUUAUCGGACUUUUUGUUUCCUUCUCAGUUAGUGAAAGACAUUUCCCGAUCAUUAACUGAGAAGGCGACUCAAGACCUUCUUACCCAGUCAUCAAGGAAGAAGAGACCUGCGACUGCGGUGGAAAAGAAGAGGGACCGAGUACGUUGGUUCAGCCCUUUCGAGGAGGCCCUACCUCCAGAGCACCCUCAAGAAGGAAGGCUCCUGAGAAGAGAGGUAACAAAUCUCCUAGUAGACCGUCUUCCUGUGUUUGUUUCCUCGGGUGACUUAGAAGUCCAGGAGAGGGCAUCCUGUAUCCUUCAAAUAGUUAAUUACGUUCAGAAGUGUCACAAAAACGGCGAGAAAAUUGGUGCCGACCUUGCACUUCUACUGUCUGGAGAACUAAAUCCUGUAGCUCCCAGGGCUCAGAAGAAAGUGCCAAUUCCAGAUGGCUUGGACUUAGAUGCUUGGAUCAAUGACCCACCAUCAGAGAGUGAAGCAGAUGAUGAUGAGGAAGAUGGAGAAAAGGCAGAUAUCUUUGUGAAAUCAGAGUCGUCCUCUAGAGAACGAAAGAAGGAAAAGUAUGAGCCAACGGAAGAUGAACUGCAGAAACUACGUGAUGCUAGAAGAGCGGAACAGGCAAGCAAUCCGUAUUACGUCAAGUCACUGUCGCAAUCAUCGCCAAGGCCUAACCAUAAUAACAUUCAAGUUGACGAGAUUCCAGUAGCAGCAUUAGAUCUUAAUGUAUCUCUCAAGAUACCAGGAAUGACAUCAUUAGACAAAUACCAAGUUGUAGAUGGCUGGGAAGGUAGCAAGAAGCGUCAUACUAAGAAACAGAAGAAGCGCAGUAAAAGAAGAGGAAGGGUUUCAUCUAGUAGCGAAGAGGAGAUGCCUCAGACGCACAUAGUGAACACCGAUGUGGGAGAAAUGCCAGAGGGGGCCAAUAUCUCGGAUGACAAUGAACCAGAUGACAGACCGGAAGACGACCCUCACAGAGCACUUGACAUAGAUCUUGAUGAGCCCUUAGCGCCUAAUGAAGUUCUUCCAACUAGAACACACUACGAGGUAAGGGCUAAGCCUCCAGAAGAAAAUACAGCGAAUCUCAUCAGUGAAAGUCCCAGUAAGAAGAAGUCCAGUAAAAAGGCAAAACGGGAAAAACAUAAAAAACACGAGAAGACGAAGAAAAAGAAAGAAGUCCAAGCGGAGGAGAAGCCACAGGAAAGCCUUAUAUUAGAUUUAAUCGAUCCAAUACAGGGAGUGUCGGUGUCUGAGGAGGCACCCACCACUGCUAACCAUGUCAAUGGAGUUCUGGAAACAGAGAGUGAAAAUAAAGUAGCGGUAAGCGAUCCUUCUGACGACCUGGCCUUUUGGCUGUCAAGUGAUACUCCAGCUGCUGCUACAAAAGUAGAAGAGGAAGAUUCAUGUUUAGAAAAAUCAUCAAAAGAAAAUGCACCAUCAACAGCUCCAGAAAUUUCAGACAAGCCAGAGAGCAAAACAAAGAAGAAAUCAAAAGAGAAAGAUAAGAAGCCUAAGAAAGAUAAAGACAAAGAGAAAGAGAAGAAGAAACAUGAUAAGAAGAGUAAAAAGAAAGGUAAAGGUGACACGGAAGAGAAAGACAGUUCCAGUCGCAACAGAGCAGACUAUGAGGAAACCAAUGGUAUAUGUGAGGAGGUAGAAGAGGAACCUGUGAUAGCCCAACCCCCGCCUUAUCGUAGAUUGCUUGCAGAAGAUUCUGCUAUUAAGUUGGUCUACUCUACGGCAGCCAUGGAUGGCUUGAUGAGCCAUGUAGUUGUAAGCAUUACCUUCUCUAGCCAUUGUGCAAAAGAUAUUACUAAGCUGGAACUUAGUAUACCUGAUACAAGUGCUUUAAAGAUAAUAAGAUCAGAUCCAGAUUCAGACAUAUUGAAUCUCCCCUGGACUUUAGCUCCUGGGCAAUCUCAAGAUAGUCAGUUGUCUUUCACUACCGAGGAUGAUACCAUUCCGCACAAGCUCAGGGGAACCUUACAUUACACUCGGGAUGGUGGCACCACCAGUGAACUAUCAAUAAGACUUGAGUUUCCAGUGACUUGUUUUCUCUCUGGGAAAACUGCAAGUUGGUCCACAUUUACAGAUCUUUUGGGCUCUGGGCAGUUGUGUGCUCGAUCUUCUUUCACCAUACCAGAAUGCCAACUCACGUUUCCUGAGGUGUUAGAAACAAUUUCUUGUGAUGGGAGUUUAGCUGUAGUUGAAUCUGUUGACCAGACUGCCUCUCUAUAUGGCCGAUCUUUACGCGGUCACCAUGUGUGUCUCCUAGUCAAAUACCAGGUUUCAAGUCGACUGACCAUUGACGGGAAGAGCACGGAGGGAACGCUUCUUUCAAAUGCCUUGGAUCAUUUGAGGACCGUCUUAUCUCAAGACAAACCAUCAUCUUAAGGUAAUUGAUGUGGGAACUUGGUUGAGGAAGAAUUUGUAUCCGUGAGAAAGCAAAAAUGGUUGAAAAAGCUCACUGGCAUCAGAGCCAUUUCAGUGGAUGACUAGCGUUGUAUGAGUAGGUUUUAUACUACACAGUGUUAUGUGAGGUUAUAUUAUUCCUCUGUCAUGUCUUCGACCUGUUUUUAGAAAGCAGAUUACCUUGUACAGUACCAAGUCCUUCAGAAGGCAGAGUUCAAGAGAAGUGUAAAUACUGUACUAAUAAUAAUCACAGAGAGCUCAGAGUUCCUUCAAGUAUAAGAUCACUACACUUUAGUACUAAAGCCUUGAUUUCUUAACGCGCUUAUUGUUGCCAUAUGCAAUACGGAUAGGUUCUAUUUAAGAAUUAACUCAAAAUGAGAUAACAAAUCCCAGUUUUUUAUAUUCUUAAAUCAAUGUUUUACUGCUUCUGAGAAAGGCUGAAACGAGGUAAUUGGAGAUAAUUUUAUUCCUUUAAUAAUUUUGUAGGAGUUAUUAUAUCAUUCGUAUCAUAAUGUGAAUAAACUUGAGAAAGGAACAUCUGCUAAGCCCCAUAAUGUCAAAAUGAUGAUUGGUUGCAGUUAACAUCAGUAGAAAAUAAAUAAAUUUUUUCAUGAAUACUGAAUGUUUAGUUCUUUUGUCAGGCACCUUCUGCAAAUUUUAAUUCAGGGAAAUUAUUAUAAUUUAUUAUUGUGAGGGGGUGAUACGUACUUCAUAUUUUUUUUUAAGUUACUGAUUAUAUAUCUUAAAACAUUAGUUUUUUAUAAAUUCUCAAAUCAUUUGUCAGCACUUUAGUUUUUAAACAUACCUAAGUAGUUUUGUCAACACUUUUCAUGAUCAUUUUGACAUACUGUCAGAAGUAUUAUUCCAUGAUUAUUUUUUUCCUUGGUAAUUUUUGUGUGGUGUUGGUGCUAGGAAGUGGUUGAAAUCAUUUUGCCAUUUCAUAUCAUUAGCUGGUUAUUUACUAAUAUGUGUAUGAUAUGUAAACUGCAGUUAACAGAAUGUCUGGGGAUUUAUAGCAGAAACAUAAAAAGAAUUUGUGUUAAAUUAACUUUUGCUAUUUUCUCUGCAUUAUGUUAACAGUUUGGUUUGGGAAUUUGCGGGGAAAAUUUUGAACCUGGAAAUGUAUGAUAAUGUUAGAUAUAACCGCAUUUCAAAAUGUUAAUAUUUCUACCGAUGAUAUUGCAGGUGAAAUAAAUACUGUGCCACUCCUGGUGGAUGUAGAUAUCACUAUGUAUCUAAUUUGGUGUGGUUUAGGCAAGUUAUAUGACUAUACAGUACUUUACAUGUCAAAUUAAGGCUUUAGAAUUAGGCACUGUUCUUGAGCUGUCUUAAUAAACCUAAGGUAUAGUGGGACUUAUUUUUAAUAUUUAGUCUAGAAUUACAUCAAAUUGCAGUGCAGUGUUACCAUAUAUUUCAUCCAGAAAUUUUUACAUCAUCUCGUUCGAGGUCAUAUGUAUUCGGAGGUAGACUGAGCCAUUCAUUAUCACAUGUAACAUUCAUCAACCAAUAUGAUUAUUGUAAAUAUUUGAUAUUCAUCCAUUUUUCAUGAGAAAUAAGAAAAAAAAUUGAUUUCAUUAUCUGUUUGUGUUUGUCUUGCUCUUGUGUUUGUCUGCAGUGCCUUUUUGUAAAAAUGCUUGAAUAUUGGAGCCAAUCUCUUGUCUGUCAUUAACUGCUGGAGAGAAUAUUUAUGAACAUUUGCAGAGGAAUGAAUUGGGGUGAGCUCCUCAUCGGGUUAUGCUCUUCCUGUCGUAGGUCCUUAUAUCAGCUAUUUCCUUACUUAUCUAAGAAAUACUGGCUUGACAUUUUCUUGUAAUGUAGGAGCUCCUAUAAACCUUUGACACCAUUAUGCUUAUCAGUAAACUACUGUACAUGAGUUACCUUCAUCACUUAAAACCAAUAUUCAAAUAUCCCUGUGAUCAUGUUCUUCCACGUAGUUGCCUCAUUUUUUUAUUCAGCUGUCAAAAGAAUGGAACAGAUAGUAAGAUGUGAUUUAUUCCCCCUUUUAAUUUUUGUAGCUGUAAUAGCCAACACACUUCACCGUAUAAAAUUAUUCCUUUUUCGUCUUUUGUCACAAGUGUUGCCCAUUUGAGGAUUGAAGAUGGCUUGCACUGAUGAACAUGCUUUAUGCAUUGUCUUUGGCUUAAGGGCAGGCGCCAUUGAUAUGCAGCAUUAAAGAAACCAUUCUCACAGAAGUUCCUGCCAUUAGUAAUUUUUUAUGCUUCCUCUCAAAUUAACUCAUCUUAAAGUGUGCAUACCAUAGUAAUAUUGGUAUUGGCAAAUGUCUCUUGCAUUCACAAGUCUGAAUUUUGUUUUCUCGGAACUUUUGAAAUACUGUUACUGAAGAAGCUCACAUGAGUUGGGGAUGCUUUUCAUUGAAAGUAUGAAUACAUGUAGGAUUGUCUCUGAUAGCGAGGAUGUUGGUUUCUCUUGAAAAUGUAGAGGAUUUGUUGGAAGACUUCUUAUAAAAGGAUGGUGAGAUUUUGGCCUGUAUAGCAUUAGCACUUGAUCAUGUAGUUGAGGGUAACAUUAAUGCAAGUCCUUAUACAGUGCUAAACAGUUUUUUGUCACUGUUCUUCAUUCCAUAGCAGUGCAAUAUUUUUUAUUUGGGUUUUCUCAAGAGUUAUUGGAAAUUAGUUUUUUCUACGAAUUGAGUAUAAAGAAUAUAAUAUUUUAGAUGUGUGUGAAUAAUUUGUAUUCAAUGCCAAAGCAGUAUAUGCUGACAUCUCUUGAAAUCUCUUCUUGGUUCUUAAAAGCUUAAAUCCAAGACUUUUUGUUAGCUCUUGAGUAUGCUAUCUUUCAUCAUACAGUAUAUAUUACCUUUAUAAACUUUCCAAACUCAAUGUAUGAUUUGUUCAUCACAAAAUAAUUUUUUUUUAAAUUCGGCAAAACAUUAAAUGUAAUUCUUUCAGUAACUAAACAUCUUACAUUUGAGAUUCCUGGCUAUGAUAGUAUUUUACACAGUAUUUCACGUUGCAUUUCAAGGCGGGUGGUUCAAUGUAAACUGUACUACAAUGUAGGACUGUUGCUCAUGAUAAAGCAACCAGGAAUUGAUAAUGUUUCAAGAGUAAAAAUACUUUAUUUACAGUGAGCCAGGAUUUAGCAUACACCCAUGUAACUGCCAUUGCUUAAAGUGAGCCAGGAUUUAGCAUACAUAUAUGUAACUGCCACUAAUAACAAAUUUUUAAUAAAACACAUUAUUUUAAUGUGUUUUGUUUACAUAGGCACUUUUAAGAGUAGAAGUACCAAUUGUUCUUCAAUAGCAGGUAGCUCAAAAGUUGAAAGUGGUAACCCAUUCGUUGUAUGUCUCCCAAACGUUGCUGAAUAGGUUAUGAUGGAAAGCAUUAAAAUUCUGUUCAGCAUUUGUUUCUUCUCCCUCUUACUUAUUGUAAAUUUACACUUAUAUGAUGACAGGGUCCGUAUUGUUCAAUAUACAUUUGUGUAAUAAAAAAUUUGUGGAAUUCACAGGAGGAAAACUGGCAUUUCCUAUUUUUUGUCUUCAUAGCAGAAAUACAUGUGCUGUUAUCUGUUGCAGAGAUAAUUAGAAACACCCAUAUAUUUUUAAGUAGUACAUACUAUCCUAUUGAACGCUCUUGUCAUGGAUUAUAUUUUGCUAGUAUAAAGAACUGUGGCGAAUCCCUAUUCCCUGCUAACAUUAGUAUUGAAGGUUGAUGUACAAAAGUUUAAUUCCUAAUAGUAAAAUCCAUCAUAAUAAAUAAUGCAGUCGUAAAACUCUAAAGCUCACAGUAACAAAUUAAAGCAGAUCAAAGCCACUUUAGAGUACGUAUCAGUCAUCCAUGAAGUAAAUGAUAAAUAUAGACUGCUUUUGACCUGGGUAUUUCCCCUCGUAUGACUGACACCUUACUGUCAUCAUUUAUACAUCCCACAUUUCACACCCCCUCCCAAACUCCCUCAUCACACUACUCUCUCAAAUCCUAAGCUGUCAGCUAUGGCUGCUUAUUCUCUGCAAUCUCUAUUAUUCAAGGAAGUUUAAUGUUCAGUUUGUUUUGUCUGUCUGGUAGCAAGAAAAAUAUAUAAGAUUUUGAAUGAAGAUAGCAACGUGGAUCUGGUGCCGCUGAAUGAUUGUUUUGUAGGAACCAAGAUCACCAUGAUCAUCUGCUUCUAUAUGUAACACCAUGGUGUGUUGGACUUCUGUUUGUGAAAUUCAUCAGUCCGAUAAUUUGGCUUCAGUAUUGUAACCACACUGCUUUUAACAGCCAUAUACAUAGUAGUACUGUACUUUGCCAAGUGUGUACACAAAUACAUUCACAAUAUUUGCAUCAGUAUUCCAGAGGGUGGCUUUGGUAUGCAACUUGUAUCCAGUGUCCAUUUGUAGAGUGCAAAUAACAUUACCUGUAUAACAUACUGUGAGAGACAGCCUUUAUUUUAACCCAAUAUUGCACAUUGUUCAAGAAUACAAAUCCCUUUGAGAGCAUUUGUCAAUCUGUAACACCAAAUCUAUAAAACUUUUUGUUUUAAUUACUAUAAUAAAAAAAAGGAAAAAAAAUUCAUUCAUACCACCCAUAUUUGAGGUCAGUAUAUGAGCUCCAUGAUCUGGCUGAACUAAUCAAUAGUAAAUAUAGUGUGCAGAUUCCCUUCUCAGACAGCAUUAGCAGCUACAAUCCUCAGCAGUGGAAGUUUAGAAAGUGGUACAAAACCCAAUAAUGUUCCUUAAUUGCAGCAACUAUGACUUAACUAGCCAAACGGAACACUGCUUAAAUUCAAAGGAAUCUUUUGACACACACGGAGCUGCCGAGUGCCUCUUUGUUUUUACUGAUAACUUCUUGAUUCUUGGCAAGAGCACCCAAGUUUGGACAGG